CCUAUUUAGUCAGUGUGAUGUACGACUACUCUGCUACUAUAGAUUUGUAUUUUGCUGAAUACAUUUUUGUUUUGUUUAUGGAUGUGGAAACACUGUAUGUGUGGUAACUGCAGAACAUUGAAGUGUUAUUUUAAAUACAGAUUAUUUCCUUUAAAAACGUAUGUAAAAUGUCAUAUUAUUAGUUGCUUGUGACACAGGAGGACAACUAACGUUAUGUCUGACAGGACAUAUAAGACAUUGUGGUCUGAAGCCCAUGGAGAGCUCAGCUGUGUACUGGCUCGAGAACUUUCAGAAGAACCUGUGAGAGACAGAGGGAAGUUCUUUCAAAAGCUUGCGACCCUCUACGUCCUUUACCUUCAGAUCUUUAGGAAGCUUGAAGAGGCCUAUGACCAAAGCGUUCACCCUCAAAAGAGGCGUGUGAUGAGACAGGUGCUGGAAGGUGUGAUGGGGCGAAUUCUGGAGCUCAAAAAUGAAAUGGUGGAAUAUGACUUUUCAGAGUACCACUAUAUGGAUGAUAUCAUUCAAGACCUGAAAUUAAUUCCUGAGGACCUCGAGAUUCCAGUCCCCAGGUAUUUCAUUCGAGAGCGGAAAAAAGAACUGGAGGAAAGAGAAGAAAUGUUUGCCACUCUCUUAAACCAAAUGGAGUCCAUAGACAAACCAGAACCUCCGGCUGUGCGUAUGUCCACACUGGAGAGGUCCAUUAAUCGUGAGAGGAAGGCUAAAGAAAAUGCCAUAGCAAUUACCCCUGACCAGGCCGCAGUUACCAUACAGAAGGUGUGGAGAGGCUUUGUUCAAAGAAAAAACACCAAAAGGCUGCAUGAGGAGGAAACGAUAUUUCUCAGAAUGGCCAAGAAUCCAAAACUGCCCAAUCCAUCCCCGUUAAAACUUGCUGUCCAGAACAAUGAAGCCAAUAGACGGAAGAGACAAGAGGAAUAUGAAGACGACUAUCAGAAGUCCAUUAGCUUUGUUACUGAACUGCUCUGGGAACUGGAAAGUCAAGAAAUGAAGGAAAUUAUGAAAGAUCAGAUUAGACAGUGGUCCAUUGAAUGUCGUGAUGGAACAGGUUCAUUUCCUGACUACCCAGAAGAGGAGGAUGGAGGUUCAGCUCUUAUAUUUGCUGAAAAAACACCAGAGCAGAGGAGCUGGGAGCCAACAAGCAGGAUGAUAGCAACAAAAGACAGAAGUGAAAAGGAAGAGAUGAAGGAAAAAGAAAAGAGAAACAAAGGGAAGGCUAAAGAAGCGGAGAAAGAGCCUGGACUGAGGAUGCGACCGUCUGCUUUUUUGGAAGAUCUCAAGAAAGGACACAAAAGGUUUUCUGAGGUCUGGAAAAACAAAGAUGAGUCCAAGAAUUUCAGUCAAAGACAUGAGAUGGAGCUGCUAAAAGAGGAGAAGAGAAAAGUCAUCAAGGUGGAAAUAAGAAAAGAGGUGGAUGAAGUGAUGAGACAGGAGCUGGCCAACUUAAAGCUGGCAGUGGAUAAAGAAAAGAGCGGAAAGUCCAAAGGGGCCGUAAAAAAAAAAGCAAAAAAAGAAGGCAUCAAAAAGGGGAAAGUGGAAGAAAAACAGGACAAAGUGGAUCUCACAUCAGAAAGGACCUUGAAGUCACUGUUUGAAGAGCUGGUUCAACAGAAAUUGCUGAAAAAAGCAGAUCAUGUUAAACUAAAGGAUUAUCUAGGGGACUAUAGUUACCUUGGUACAACCCGACUACAGUCUGGCAUUGAGCCAAAGCCCUCGCUAUCUGAUGUUCGACAGGUUGUAGCCCUGUAUGCUGUCCUACCAUUAGGUUCUCAAGUGGUUCAUGAGAAAGCUCCCCUAGUGAAGUCUAUGCUGCUAGUGGGACCAUCAGGAGUGGGCAAGAAAAUGUUGGUCCAUGCCAUCUGCCAGGAGACCGGAGCCAAUCUGUUUGACCUUUCCCCAUCAAAUGUGUCUGGAAAAUACCCUGGUAAAAGUGGACUGCAGAUGAUGUUACAGAUGGUGUUUAUGGUAGCCAGACUGAUGCAACCCUCUGUAAUAUGGAUUGGAGAUGCUGAAAAGAUGUUUUACAAAAACGUACCAAAGGAUGAGAAGGAGUUAGAUCCAAAGCGUCUGACGAAAAAUUUGUCCGAGAUUCACAAGUCCAUCAAAGGGGAAGACUGCAUUCUGAUAGUGGGAACAACAAAUGAUCCACAAAGGGCAGAGCUAGAGCCCCUGUGUGAAUUCUACAAUAAAAUCAUCCUCAUUCCUCGAUCAGACUAUGCAUCCAGACAUCUAAUAUGGAGAGAGCUGAUAAGAGAUAAUGGAGGAGAAGUGACUAGCAAUCUGGAUCUCAGCUUCCUGACAAAGAUCUCUGAGGGCUGCACACCGGGUCACAUGGUGAAGGUGGUUUGUAGCGUCUUGAGUGAACACCGCAUUCAGCAGCUCCCUAGAAGACCACUAACGGCUUCAGAGUUUGUGUCUCCACUUGCUGGAGUCGUCCCUGAGUUUCAUGACGAAGAAGAAGCCCUGAAAAACUGGUAUUCUAAGACUCCCCUCUGCAAAAGAAGAUGUACAGUCUUCUUGGGAAAAGAGGGAAGAGAUAAAGAGACCCCCCCAAAAAAAGGCAAAGGUGGCAUGAAGAAAGUACAAAAGUGACCAACCACAGUAUUACAUUUCCUUGCAUUCAGCAAUAAAAGUGUUUGUUUGCUUGUGUUAAUUUCCCAUCAUUUGUUUUUGUGUGUGUGUAAAUAGCUUUUAUAGGGUAUAAGUAAUAAAAUUGAGUAAAGGGAUAAAUAACCACAUAACAUACUGUAGCCUAUUUUUAUUUGUUUUGCUUAUCAAUCAGUAAAGCAAUAGUCUGUCAAUGGUUUUAUAAAUACACAAAUAACAUAACCUUCAUUUAAGGAGAUAUCCAUCACUAAUCACUAGUAGGCCUAUAUAUUUAAAUUUUUAUUUAAAAUCUGAUCGUGAAAAGAGCAGAGGACUCAUGCUAUUAAAAUACUGGCAUUUACAGUUAUUGAUUUACGAGACAAAUUAAUAAAGGAAACUUUAACUAAAAGGUGCACAGUAACUUUCCUCAUUAAAUUUGUCUGUGUCAGACCCUUUAUACCUGCUAUUAAGAUGCAUUUUAAGUGGUUGAUGAAGACACAUUCCCAUUUACACCUGGUGCUUUAACCCGUCUCUUUUGACCACUUCCACUAUGAUUUCAUAAGUUGGAGUGUUUAUGGUCGGGCAAGUGUAUGUUUAUUUUAGACUUUUCAAUCAAAUAAGUGCAAAUGAAGAGUUUGGUUCCAAAAUGAGGAUAACUGUUUUUAACCUUUUCAAAAAUCAUGUUUUUUAUUGUGCAUUCCAAUUAAUAUCAAUCAAACUUCAAUUGGGUUGUUUUGAUUUAAGCCACAAUAACUCAAAAUUACAGCUGACUAACACAAUAGAAACAUGAUAACAUAAUAAAAGAAAAUACUCUUCAAAUAUCCCAUCUUGUUAACCAAUAGAGGGAUAGAAAUUGUAGUCAUCGUUUUACUUACCCUCAGGUUGUUCCAAACCUGUAUACAUUUCUUUGUUCUAUUGAACAAACAGGAAGAUAUUUGGAAG